AUGUUAAGUAAGCGGUUGAUUGAAAAUGUCCUACGUUGCCAAUAUCGGAAAGGUUUGCCUACAAGAGGAAUGCAAUGCUAUUCCGGAGAACCUGGUUCAUGUUCAUCAACUGGUGCUCUUCACUGUAGACCUUUAACAACUCCUCUGGGAUUGAUCAAAAUUACUUGUGUUGUAAUAUCCUCAAUUUUCGCUGGUGCAUGGAUAAGUAGAAAUGGAGCAGAGUUUCUUGAGGAAAAUGAAAUUUUUGUUCCAGAAGAUGAUUAG